AUGUUAGAUCACUCUAGAUACUGGCUAUGGUUUCUUGGAUAUCUCGGCGGCCGAGGGAAGUACGACAAUUUAUUCGGUGUAAACUUAUCGCUAAUAGCAGCCAAAAAUCCUUCAAGAUCUCUGCACAAUCACGAUACAGGCCUUGGAAGCAUAGGCGCAGCCCUGGCAAACAGUAUUUCUUAUUGGACUAAUGACAUUUUCUUGGCUCUCUAUAUCACAUUGUCACCUUCGUGCAAAAACACAUGGACUGGUUUCUCAAAAGAAGCAACACGAGAUGUCUUGAAGUUUAUCUGGCUCGCAGUUCCUUCGGCCAUUAUGGUCUGCUUGGAAAUUUGGUCAUAUGAGAUGAUGGUGCUUUUGGCUGGUCUUCUCCCAGAUCCAACACUCGAGACCUCAGUUCUCUCAAUUAGCCUUAACACGAAUGGCAUGAUUUACAUGAUACCCCUCGGACUAGGAAGUGCAAUAAGCGUACGGAUUUCAAACGAAUUGGGCGCUGGACGGCCUAGAGCAGCUCGACUAGCAGUAUUUAUGGCUGUAUUCAUGGUGGCUGCUGAAAGCAUCGUGGCGGUGGCAGUAAUCAUUCUGGGGCGCAAGUUUUGGGGAUACUGUUUUAGUAGUGAAGCACAGAUAGUUGGUUAUGUUUCUGAUAUGAUGAUUCUAAUUGCUGUGACCAAUUUAGCAGAUGGAGUUCUCUCUGUCCUAAACGGCAUUGCUAGAGGAUGUGGAUGGCAAAAAAUUGGUGCAAUUGUCAAUUUGGGAUCCUUUUAUAUCAUUGGAAUCCCACUAGGCAUAUUGUUGGCAUUUACCUUACAUCUUGGAGGGAAGGGUUUAUGGACAGGAAUCAUAGCGGCAGUUUUCGCGCAGACAUUAUUCCUGUCGAUCAUAACCAUCCGGACUAAUUGGGAGGCUGAGGCAAAUAAGGCAACUGCCAGGGUUUAUGACUCGACAAUCCCUGUUGUGGCAUAG